GGUAGUGGUGCUGGAGUUGGAGUGGGCUCAACAACGCCAGGAACUGGUCCAGGAACAACGGCAGCAUACGGCGGGACCGGAGCGAAAACAGAGAAACUCACGACAAAAGCUAUUAUCUUUAUCUGUGUAGCUGUUGCCUGUAUAAUUCUUCCUUGUAUAUGUUGCUGUAUACUUCAUUGUAAAGCAAAUCCAAACCGUCGCCAAACAAAAGCUGACCCAGAGUCCGGCGAGAAGGUUACGAGUGUAUACGAAACUGUACCAACUGAACCAGCACCCAUCCAUUUACCUCGGAAAAAAUACGCAUUCUCUGUUUUUAACAAGAAACAGCCUUCACCAUACUCCUGGCUUGAAUGGAUUCCGUAUGAAGAGUUGGAAGACGUUGAAUUUGUUGCUAAAGGGGGGUUUGGAAUAAUUGAAAAGGCCAUAUGGAGAGAAGGAAAAGUUGAAACGUGGGAGAAAAGAGGGUUAUGGAAAGUUAUCGACAGCAAGGCGCCAGUGGGUGGUUCAAGACAAAAACGAAUUUAUAAAAGCGACAUUACUGAGAAACCAAGUAGAAAAGGGCCAAUGAUGGUUGCUGUAAAGGCUUUUGAUGGAAUGACAAAAUUUAAUUUGGAAUUUUUGAGGGAGAUUGAAUCUCACCUUCGCCUCUCAACAUACUCCUCUCGGAUACUUCACAUUCACGGUAUAACUUUGAGUCCAUCUAAUCAUUUUUCCAUCAUACUCGACUAUGCACCGCACGGCAAUCUUCGUGACUAUCUUCGUCGGGGCUAUCUCACCUGGCAUAAACGAGUACGAAUACUACACAGAAUAGCUGCUGGAUUACAUGAGAUACAUACGGCUAAUUUGGUACAUAAAGAUUUGCACUCCGGGAACAUACUGGUUGGGGAAGGGGGUGAUGUUGUUAUUGCAGACUUGGGAUUAUGUGAUAAGGUCGUUGACGAGAAGAUCGGACAUGAAAUAGCGAAGGAAGGAAAGCAUGUAGACAGACAUAAAGAAGCAGGGGGUCGUAAAAUAUUUGGUGUCCUUCCCUAUGUGGCUCCAGAAGUCCUCCGAGGUCACAAAUAUGAACAAUAUUCUGAUGUCUAUUCGUUUGGCAUCCUAGCAUGGGAAGUUUCUACCCAUCAGCGGCCUUACUAUAAUCGCACCCAUGAUCACAUGCUCGCAGUAGAUAUUUGCUACGGCAUGAGACCAGAUAUUCCGUCUUAUGUUCCCAAAAGAAUAAGGAUGAUAAUUAAAAGGUGUUGGGACGCCGAUGUGAAAAAAAGACCGACUGCAGGAGAUAUCAGGUGGCUUCUGUGGCAAUUAUCCAAGAGCAAUAAUAGUGAGAAUGAAGCGAAGGAAUCGUUUGAAGAUGGGAAAGGGAAAAUGGCUUUUUGGAAUAUAGGUGAUGAAGAAUGGCAAAAUAUAAGCAGUGAACUUGACUUUGACGAUGACCGUACCGUUGUCGAUGAAUCGGAAUACGAACGUUCGGAUGAUAUAGAAGAUGAUGCCAGGACGGUCUAUACGAGUAAGCAGAUAAUUGCUGUAAGAGAACUUGAAGAUCAUGAAAACUAUUUUAGAACAUUGGAAAUUUCUGAAGCGAUCGACGAAGUUGGUACCAGCAAUCAAGAAGAUCUGCAGAAUGGUUAA